AUGAAGCGGUGCCAAGGGUGCGACGCAGCCGUGGAGGGUACGGACCCUCACACUGCUUGCGUUAUGUGUCUCGGCGAGACCCACGCUCUCGCGGCCUUAACUAAGGUGACCUGCACCGCCUGCGCUGCACUCGGGGCGCAGGAGCUACUGCGCCGGGCAAGCAUGCACCGCGAAGACGCCAGUUGGGCUGACUUCCCGGAGCCUUUUGCCAUGCACUCUCAGGAGGACAGACCGAACCUGCGCGAUGGCAGGGUUCCGUCUGACACGGCCCAUCUGGAAGAGGCGCUCCUAACCCUCGCUAACAGCUCUGGGGACGAGGACGACGACCUCCUUCUCCACUCUAGCGCCGAUGCAACGAACAAUCUUGCUAUCCUAGCGAUAGCACAGACGAACUUGAUCGAGUCCCUUACUUCCUCCCUCGCAGAUGAUGUUUCUGCCGAGCUGAGGAAGAACGCGGGCGCAAUCCUGCACCUCACCCAGGGGUUGGCACAGGAUUUUGGACGGAUUAUGGGCUGGAGUGUAGCCUCUCUCCGGCACUUAUGGCUAGCGAACUCGGCACUCCCUGAAGCGGACAAGGUCCCCCUCCUCGAUGCCCCAGUCUCUCUCGACGGCAGUAUUGGAGUCCUCGCCGGCUCAGAAUCGAAGCCGGCCAGGACUCUACGUCGGCCUAUCACAGAUAAGCACCAGGUCGCUGGCUCGAAUUCGACCCCGCCCCCACUUAAGAGCCGGGCUUCUGCAGAUUCAGAAGCCCGUGGAGUAAGGGAAACGAAUAUGCCCAUGCAUCUAAACAGCGCACUUUCCCAAGAGAUAGAGACUCUCUUGGCAAAAAGCGCGAUCCGCCUAGUCCCCAAACACGACGAAAUGCGAGGGUUUUAUUCCCUUUAUUUCCUCGUUCCAAAGAAAGACGGCGGUGUGAGACCAAUACUGGACCUGCGAGCUCUGAACCGUCAUUUGGUGAAACGACGUUUUCAGAUGCUAACGCACAAGCGCGUAAUGAGCUCAAUCAGCCAAGGGGACUGGUUCACGCUCGUAGAUUUAAAAGACGCUUACUUCCAUGUGAACAUUGUGCAGCGCCAUUGGCAGUACCUUCGUUUCGCUUUUCUGGGAAGAGCGUACGAAUUUACCAAACUCCCAUUCGGUCUGUCCCUGGCACCCCGCACCUUCGAAAUGGUGGCGCGGGCUGCUAUCGCCCCGUUGCGACAACAGGGCAUACGUCGCUGCAUCAGUGGAAUCACGAUUAUGCGCCUGUUGGGUUUAAUGGCGGCAGCAAUCGCCGUGGUUCCGUUGGGAUUGCUACGCAUGAGACCGGUGCAACUCUGGCUCAAGCGAAUGCAUUUCGAUCCAAUGAGAGACCGCGCAAAGCUGUUUCGCAUUCCGCAGUCGGUUGUGAGAGCACUCUCGCACUGGCGAGAUGGGCGAAUGCUGAGUGUCGGUGUGCCAAUGGGCGCUAUCUCCACUCAUGUCCCUGUAUACACAGACGCCUCCACCAAGGGGUGGGGGGCGGUCUGCAAUGGAAUGAUGGCGAGCGGGUUGUGGAACCCUCCUCUGCCUCAUAUCAAUGUGCUGGAGAUCACAGCAGUAUGGCUUGCAUUACAACGUUUCGAACCCCUUCUUCGGGGCAGACACGUUCUAAUCAGAAGCGACAACAAAGCGACAGUCGCUUACGUAAACCGACAGGGCGGCACCAAAUGUCCACAUCUACACCGGCUGGCGGUGAGGAUCUGGACUUGGGCAUACCCGCGAGUUCGCUCCUUACGGGCGCUCUACGUCCCGGGGCAGCUGAACUGCGGCGCAGACCUCUUGUCUCGGGGCGGUCCCUCCCCCCUAGAGUGGUGUCUUCACCCACUCGUGGUAGCGGAGGUGUGGUCACGCUUUGGGAAAGCGAGAGUGGAUUUAUUCGCCUCCCGACAGAAUGCGCAUUGCCCAUUAUGGUUUGCGAUGACAGCAACCGGCUCGCCCCCACUGGGAGUGGACGCGCUAGCCCAUUGCUGGCCCAAGGGCCUCCUUUAUGCCUUCCCUCCCUUUGGUCUGGUACCGCAGGUACUAGCCAAAGCGAGAGAGGAGAGGAAACCCCUGAUUUUGAUCGCGCCAGAUUGGCCGCACAAACAGUGGAUGGCCGAUGUAGCCCUGCUGCUGACCGACGUCCCGUGGCGACUUCCCCAGCGCCGGGACCUCCUG